AUGUCUGCCUCCGAGGACGUGGCUGGAUCAAGACCCUUAAAUGCAGGGAGUUGUGCUGCAUCAACAUUCGUGCGCAAGGUGGUAGCAUUUUCGAGGCCGUUCACAGUGACACUCGUGAUCUUAGUGAGCCUUGGACAAAGUCCUCCCAACUUAUUUGGCCUUUCGUACAUGAUUUGGUUGGUGGGCCUUGCUUUAGCUGGGGCUUGGGCGUCCUAUGUAGGCUCUGGAUGGGACCUCCUCCGUGCCAAUGCAUUCAUUUGGCGAAGCCUACUCUUGCUGAGCAACUGCAUAAUUUUAGCGCUGUCCUAUUGCCAGGUUAUGCAAUCCCAAAGUUUUGAUUUGAUCGGAUUGCAGAGAUCUUCACAGUCUGUCCUUGAGGUGAUUUGGCCGCAUUUGGCCAUCGGAGUGCUGGCUGCCAUGCAGACAUUGGCGUUUUCACAGAAAGUGCAGAUUCCAGCGAUGUUUGUGAACAGCAAUUCCGCCUUUGCAUGGUUCCUUUGGAUUGCGGGGAUUUUCAUUGAGAUGGGGCUAAUGCUCAAUUUCGUAAUGAUCAAGCCCUUCACGGCCGACUCCUUCUUCAUUCUAAUUCUCUUCCUAGGCAUUGUCGCUGUAGAGCAGUUUGAUGCGCCGAGUCGAUGGUGCAGACCCAAGAAAGGACGUUCGAUGUGCAUCCUCAAUCAUGUCGAUUUCUUUCUUUUGUUUUAA